AUGGCUAACAGUUCCUUUCUCAUUCGAUUCUCACCGCCACAACUUCCUUCAUUCAAAUCCAUCAGCAAUGAUGUAUCUUUUAACAGAACAAAAACCUCAAUCUUCACAUGCAAAAUCAAAACCAACAAAAAUACUCAAAAUGUCUCAAAGGACUAUAAACUCUCAUGGAAAAAAGAACUUGACAGAUCAUUACAACAUGGGUAUGAAUCAUCAUGGACAUCCAGAAUCAAUUGGGAUCAACUAGAUAAGGAAGAGGAAAAUGAAAAAUUUCAAGAACUAGUGGAUAAAAGAUGUGUAGACAAUAUAAGAAUGUUAAUAAUAGAUUCAGUACAAAAUGCAAAAGCUGGUCACCCUGGUAUGGCACUUGGAAUGGCUGAAGUAGGUUACAUAUUAUAUAGGCAUGUCAUGAAAUACAUCCCGAAGAACCCUAGUUGGUUUAACAGAGAUAGGUUCGUUUUAAGUGCUGGUCAUGGUUGUCUUCUUCAGUAUAUCUGUCUUCAUCUCGCUGGUUUUUCAUCUGUCCAGGUUGAGGACUUGAAAAAUUUGUGCAAACUUGGGAGCAGGACACCAGGCCAUCCUGAGAAUGUAGUGACUGAUGGUGUAGAAGUUACAACUGGUCCACUAGGACAAGGUGUUGCAAAUGCCGUUGGUCUUGCUUUAGCAGAAGCUCACUUGGCCGCACGAUUCAAUAAACCCGAUGCAGUUCUUGUUGAUCAUCGAACGUAUUGCAUCAUGGGUGAUGGGUGUGCCAUGGAGGGAAUAUCCAAUGAAGCAGCUUCAUUAGCUGCACAUUGGAAGCUCAAUAAGCUUGUACUGAUCUACGACGAUAAUCACAAUACUAUUGAUGGAGAUACUAAAAUUACAUUUACUGAAGAUAUUUCUGCACGCUAUGGGGCUCUUGGUUGGAAUGUAAUCACAGUGGAUAAUGUACAUAGUGACAUGGGAGGGUUCAAGAAUGCAAUUCGCUCUGCUUUUAAUGAGACUGAGAGACCAACCUUUAUCAGGGUGAAGACAGUGAUUGGAAAACUGUCUAGAAAGGAAGGUACAUCUAAAGCUCAUCAUGGCACGUUUGAGGACGAUGAAGUAAAGGAAAUGAAACAAAAGGUUAAAUGGGAAGGUCGAAAACCGUUUCAUGUUGUUCCUUCGGUUUACAGGGAAAUGAAGAUUCAAACAGAAUAUGGCGAAGCACUGGAGGAGGCGUGGUAUUCAACUCUAAAUUUUUACCAAACCAAGUAUCCUCAAGAAGCAGUAGAGUUCAAAAUCCUUCUCAAUGGAGGUUUAGUUCCAGGCUGGGAACACUCGUUGCCAAGUUGGUCUAAAUCCGAUCCUGUAGAUGCUACCCGAGGUUACUCCGAGAAGUGCUUAAACCAGAUAGCGAAAGUACUUCCAGGAUUGGUUGGUGGAAGUGCAGAUCUUGCAUCAUCAAACAAAGCAUACCUGCAUGACUACCAAGAUUUCAGCCAGCCCAACUCUCCCUCGGGACGAAACAUCCGCUACGGGGUACGUGAACAUUCAAUGGCAGCAAUUUCAAAUGGUAUUGCAUUACAUGGAAGUGGGUUAAUCCCAUUCGCCGCUACUUUCCUUAUAUUCUCCGAUUACAUGAAGAAUGCAAUCCGUUUAUCAGCCCUAAGUCAUGCUGGGGUCAUAUAUAUCUUCACACAUGAUUCCAUCGGUUUAGGAGAGGACGGACCAACUCAUCAACCAGUGGAACAAUUAGCUGGUUUACGAGCUGUGCCACGUCUACUAGUCUUCCGGCCUGCGGAUGGCAAUGAAACUGCUGGAGCGUACAUGGUCGCUGUGGAAAACAGAGAUAGGCCUAGCGUAAUUGCAUUAUCAAGGCAAAAGGUUGCAGCAAAUUUAGAAGGUACAUCAGCUAGUGAAGUCAAAAGAGGUGGGUACAUUUUAAGCGAUAAUUCGUUUAAGGGUGAACUGCCAGAAAUAAUGUUGAUAGGCACUGGGUCAGAACUGUGUAUUUGUGAAGAGAGUGCUAAGAGAUUAAGAGAAGAAGGUAAGAAAGUUAGGGUUGUUUCAUUGGUUUGCUGGAGGAUUUUUGAUGGUCAGUCAGAGGAGUACAAAGAUUUUGUUUUGCCAAAAAAUGUUAGGAAACGUGUUAGUGUUGAAGCUGGAUCACCCCAAGGAUGGAGAGAGUAUGUAGGUGAGGAAGGUAGGGUGAUUGGUGUGGAAGAUUUUGGAGCUAGUGGGGCUUAUUUAGAUACUUUCAAGAAAUUUGGGUUUACCGUUGAUAAUGUAACACAGGUUGCUAGGUCUUUGUUAGAUUAAUA